AAUACUGAGAUGAUUGACUACUGGUCACUCUUAGUCUGCCCAGUAGUUUGCAUAAACUAUUGCUACAGUAGUUAAUAAAAGUUUUGUCGCUGCUACGUCAUUCGGAUAUUAGUCACAGCCAGGCAUUUGCUUGCUUCGAGAGGCCGUGUACCGUUGACGUGCGAAGAUGGAUGCUAAGCGGAAGGAAUCUAGGUUGACGGACGCUAUCGCUCAUACAGCUCUAGGAUACUUUCGUUUCAAAAACGCAUUUCGAAAGCCUUUAGAAAGUGAUGAUAAACCAGUUUCGUACGCAGAGCGUGUAAACGUGAGCAUGUACUCGCCAUACGUGAAGUCGGGCUACCUGAAGGCUCUUAGAUUUGACAAAAAAAACGAACGGCCGUUUGACAAGUUAGACAAGUCGCUAUCAAUGGCGCAGGUGUUUAAGGAGGCUGUUGCCAUGUAUGGAACGAAACCCUGUCUCGGCGUUAGAGAUAUUAUUGAAACCCAGGAAGAAGUACAAAGCGAUGGUAAAGUCUUCAAAAAGGUGAGACUUUCCCAGUACAAUUUUCUUACCUAUAAUAACGUUGACGCUCAAGUGGAUUUAUACGGGAAAGGCCUUAGAGCUAUUGGCGUUAAACCUCGGGAAAAUGUUAUCUUGUUUGCGGACACCCGAUGGGAAUGGAUGGCUAUGGCCCAAGCGCUUCUCAGGCAAAACAUGCCUAUUGUAACAUUGUAUAGCAUGCUGAGCGAAAACGGCAUACAUCAUGGCAUACAGGAGACCGAAGCAACCGUAAUGAUUACCAGUCGUGAGCUACUUGACAAGUUUCACAAGUCGUUGGCUACGCUGCUGCAGCUUCAACACAUCAUCUAUAUGGAAAAAGAGAUUGCCCCCAAGCCGACGCCUAUGAAGGGAAAAACACUUCUUAGUCUUUCUGAAUUGGAGCGCAUUGCCAAAGGUGCUAAAGGUGAAUUUGAAGAAGUCCCACCUACUCCAGAUGACACAGCUAUUCUAAUGUACACGUCUGGGUCGACGGGUUUGCCUAAGGCUGUUAUUUUGACCCACAGAAAUAUGCUUGCAGCAGCUCGGGGACUCUGCGAUGUGUUCGAAAAGCUCAAGGUCAAGCAAGAAAGUGACAGCUAUAUUGCAUAUCUGCCCCUAGCGCAUGUCUUUGAGCUGAACUGUGAAAUAAUCGCGAUUUUGUAUGGCGUAAGAAUUGGCUAUUCAUCUCCUGUUACGCUUACGGACUCUUCAACUGGCCUCCUGGCCGGAACCAAGGGCGACUGUACUCUACUGCAGCCGACAAUCAUGGCGUGUGUUCCACUUGUGUUAGAUCGAGUGAAAAAAUCGAUUCUUGAAAAAGCGGCUGCCAAAGGAUCAACUGCGCUGAGGGUACUAGAGCUCGCUGUCGAGGACUCUGUUCGAAGAUUUAAAGCUGGGCAGAACUCAACCGUGUACGACAAAGACGUCUUCAGCGAAAUCCGCUCCGUGGUAGGAGGCCGCAUCCGAAUGAUAGCCACGGGCUCAGCACCACUAUCGCCUGAAACCCAAGAUUUUAUCAGGGCUGCACUGGGAUGCUACCUUAUACAAGGUUACGGCUUGACGGAGACAUGUGCUGCAGCCACAUGUAUGGAGUUGAAUGACAAAUCAACAGGAAGCGUUGGUGCACCCGUAAAUGGUGCCCUGGUUCGGCUGGAAGAUUGGACGGAAGGAAAAUACUUGGUCACGUGUAAUCAAGGGGAGAUUGUUGUCGGCGGCGAAAUGGUUGCGGCAGGCUAUUACAAAAAUUCGCAACUUACCAAGGAGUGUUUCUUCGAAGAGGAUGGCGUGAGGUGGUUCCGCACAGGUGAUAUAGGCGAAGUUACAAACUUGGGUACUUUCAAGAUUAUCGACAGAAAAAAAGAUCUUGUGAAACUCAAAAAUGGAGAAUAUAUACCACUUGGCAAGAUUGAGACGGAGAUGAAAACGAAUCACUUCGUGGAGCAGGUUUGCGUCUGUGCUGACAGCUUCCAAGAUUAUAUAGUCGCCCUGGUGCAGGUUAAUGAAAAGAACCUAAAGGCGCUUGCCUGCAGCGUUGGAGUAGACCCCACCAAGGACAAUAAAGAACUUUGCAAGGACCCUGCGAUUGUCCAAUAUCUACUCGUUAAUUUCGAGGCACAGCUGCGGAGGCGCAGAUUCAAAACGGUCGAGAUUCCAAAAAAACUGACUUUGUGCGCCGAAGAAUGGACCCCGGAUAGCGGGCUGGUAACGGCUGCCUUCAAACUACGCCGCAAGCAAAUUCAAGAACAUUAUCAGAAGGAAAUCGACCGAAUGUAUGAAAACAGUAGUUACUCAAAAUGAAUCCCUGACUUUCGUUUCUAAUGGCUCUCGCUUCAGCCAGUGGGGCAUAACGAUUAUUGGCUCCCAAGCAAUGCUCGCAAAUCAGAUGCAGUUUUCUUUCUCUACAAAACGACGACGUUAGUAGUCCUAAGGUUUAUAGCCAGCUGCAUGUGGGUAAAAACGAAAACCUUUUAUCGACAUGUUUGCCUUAUAAUUAAUAUUAUGGUAUAGUAUAAUUAAUAUGCUAGUGUAUUUGUCGUAUGCAGAUAAUAUAACUAAUAUGUUAGUAUAUUUGUUGUAUACAGCAAUCAAGCCCGUAGGAUCGAAGGGGUUUGCCAAACAGGCUUAACAGACGAACGAUUCUAAGCACUAAAUACAAGUAGACUGAAUCCAUGUUGCUAUCCUUUUUUUUACCUAAUUACUUAUCACGUUUCAAUGAUAACUGCAGCUUAAGAUAAAUGAGACGUUGCCUCUUAAAAAUCACAAACAUGUUAAAUUUUAAGUAAAUGUUUUGUGUGAUCCACAUGCUCCAUUCUAGUAAUGAUCGAUGUGUAUGUAUCGUCCCUAUAUAAUAUUUCGUAAAGGGAUGAUAGCUUACAUCCGCGAAAAUGGUGUUGACAUUUAUUCUGAUCUAGUAGGCAGAAGGAACUGAACACUGAAAUUUCGCAUCGUUCGCACACCGCCAGACUUUCUAAACAUCAGUUCAAGCUAUAAGAACAGGUUGAAAAUGAGUCGAACACGUUAAAUGACGCCGCUCCGACUAACUAGUUACUGAAUCUUUGUAUAUGUGAUUAUUUUAGAACAUUAAUGCACCGAUGUCUAUUUCGAAUCUUGGAUAACCCAUAUAAUAUAUGCACUUCUAUUAAAAAACUAUUAAAAAAUCAUGUAAUCUAUAAAUAAUGUAUAAUUAAAGUAUACGAAAUGUAAGACAGGUACGCUCAGAAGACAAGGAUGCUACAGUAGUGUCCAGUCGUUAUAUAAGCUAAUAAAAUUACCGACUUAUCAAAACUAAACAUAUUUGUUUGGGGUCAUGCGCCCUUCGUUCGAUCCUAUUAUAAGCGUUUUGUUAACUACUAAGUAUCAUUAAAUUUUACUGUCUUCACUUAAGUAUAAAGACUGCUUGCUUGGU